AUGGGGCUGACAUGGAAGGAACGGGCCUUCACAGCCCUGCUGGGGGCUGCAGCGGUCUCAGGCCUCACCACGCUCAUUCUCUUCCUGGUGGAGGCCACCAACGUCCUCCUGCCUGCAGACACCAAGUUCGGGAUCGUGUUCGACGCUGGGUCCUCCCACACAUCACUCUUUGUGUAUCAGUGGCUGGCAAACAAGGAGAAUGACACAGGUGUGGUCAGCCAGGCCCUGGCCUGCCAGGCGAAAGGGCCUGGCAUCUCUUCCUACGCCUCUGACCCUGCACAGGCUGGCGAGAGCCUGCAGGGCUGCCUGGAGGAGGCGCUGGCACUGAUCCCGAAGGCCAAGCGUCAGCAAACGCCCAUGUUCCUGGGGGCCACGGCUGGCAUGAGGCUGCUCAGCCAGAAGAACAGCUCUCAGGCGGAGGACGUCUUCGCAGCAGUCAGCCGGGUCCUGAGCCAGUCUCCCGUGGACUUCUGGGGUGCUGAGCUCCUGGCUGGGCAGGACGAAGGGGCCUUAGGUUGGGUCACCAUCAACUAUGUCCUGGGCCUGCUGGUGAAGUACUCUUUCUCCGGAGAAUGGAUCCGGCCUCUGGAGGGGACGUUGGUGGGUGCCCUGGACAUGGGUGGGGCCUCCACCCAGAUCACCUUUGUGCCUGGAGGCCCCAUCCUGGACACCACCACCCAGGCCACCUUCCGCCUGUAUGGCACAGAACACAGCGUCUACACCCACAGCUACCUCUGCUUCGGGCGCGACGAGAUGCUGAACCGGCUCCUGGCCGGGCUGGUGCAGAGCAGCCCAGGCCUCCUGGUGCGUCACCCCUGCUACCACAGUGGCUACCGGGGCACGCUGGCCCUGGCCCCCCUGUACGGGUCGCCCUGCGUCCAGGCCGCAGCCCCCAGAGACCUCGGCCAGAACCUCACCAUGGAGGGGACGGGGAACCCCGGGGCCUGUGUCGCCGCCAUCCGGGGUCUCUUCAACUUCUCCAGCUGCGACGGCCGAGGAGACUGCGCCUUCGACAGGGUCUACCAGCCCCCCGUGCGGGGCCAGUUCUACGCCUUCUCCAGCUUCUACCACACCUUCCACUUCCUGAACCUCACCUCCAGGCCGUCGCUGGCCACGGCCAAUGCCACCGUCUGGGAGUUCUGCCAGAGGCCCUGGAAGCUGGUGGAGGCGAGCUCGCCCGGGCAGGACCGCUGGCUGCGUGACUACUGUGCCUCAGGCCUGUACAUCCUCACGCUUCUGCUCGAGGGCUACGGGUUCAGCCAGGAGACCUGGGGCGGCAUCGAGUUCCGCAAGCAGGCCGGUGGCACCGACGUGGGCUGGACGCUGGGCUACAUGCUGAACCUGACCAGCCUGAUCCCCGCUGAGGCGCCUGCCCAGUGGCGGGCACAGAGCUAUGGCGUCUGGGUGGCCGGAGUCGUCUUUUUGGUGCUGACCCUCAUGGCCAUUCUCGGGGCCACUGCGGUGCAGCUCUGGCUCCGGGACUAG